AUGACAAGUGGCGAUGUGAUUGUGGUGGGUGGGAGCGGUGGACACUCGAUUCUCAAUUACCUGCGGCUCUGCAAGGUGCAGUGCGCGGGACAUUGUGGCUGUACUGCGACACUCUGGUACCGACGAGCGAGACAAGGGCAACUCAAAACAACACCGUUCACUCCAUGGUUCUUAUCCUUGCCUGUCGUGUGUUGUGUCCGUCGUGUGUUGGUCAGGACCCGUUGGUGUGCAUUGCUGCAUUGUGGUGUGCGUCUGGUUGGCCAAUGCCCUCCCACUGCAGCACGGCUGACAUGCAAAUUCAGGUCAGCACAGCACACUGACACACGCGAGUGCAUUCAUUCCACCUUCACGUGUGUGUGUGUGUCCAUCUGCCUGUCUCUUCAGGCGCACCCACACUCGUACCGCCCACCGCCGACGGCUGCUCAGCUGUUGCGAGAUCGGCCUGCCACUCCCGGUCCACCCAUAUGCCUCAAGGACAGCCACAAGUCUUCACGAGCCUCACACGCCGACAACAGAAGAGGAGAAGAGAGCCACGCACCGCAGCGGAAGCCUCCGAACUCGUCGAGCGCACCAAGCUGCCUGGCUCGCGUGA